GCGUCUGGUUGCUAUAGGAACGAGCAGUGUUAGUGAGCGGCCUGGAUUGGAGCCGGUACCGGCGGGAUGGACUCUGACCCGGGACCGGAGAGCCCCGCCCUGGCCGCCGCCCUGCAGCCACUCACCGACAUAGGUAGGUACUGCCGGUAAGGAGAGGGUUAAUGCAGUGUGUACAGUGAUGGUGAGUAUCACCCCCUGCACCCAGCCAGUGUGGGCUCAAUAUUAUUAUUAUUAUUAAUUAUUAUUAUUAAUUAGUAUUAUUAUUAAUUAUUAUUAUUAUUAUUAUUAUUAUUAUUAUUAUUUAGUAUUAUUAUUAUUAUUAUUAUUAUUAAUUAGUAUUAUUAUUAUUAUUUAUUAUUAUUAUUAUUAUUAUUAUUAUUUAUCAUUAUAGUGACUUUUAUACUAAUGGCUCUUAGUAUUAUUAGUAUUGAUUAUUAUAGUGACUGUAAUACUAAUUACUCCUAGUAUUAUUAUUAUUAUUAUUAUUAUUAUUUAGUAUUAUUAUUAUUAUUAUUAUUAUUAAUUAGUAUUAUUAUUAUUAUUUAUUAUUAUUAUUAUUAUUAUUAUUUAUCAUUAUAGUGACUUUUAUACUAAUGGCUCUUAGUAUUAUUAGUAUUGAUUAUUAUAGUGACUGUAAUACUAAUUACUCCUAGUAUUAUUAUUAAUAUUAUUAUUAUUAUUAUAGUGGCUGUAAUACUAAUUACUCCUAGUAUUAUUAUUAUUAUUAAUAUUAUUAUUAUUAUUAUAGUGGCUGUAAUACUAAUGGCUCUUGGUUGGAAAAUAAAUAAAAAAAUUACUAAUAAUUUCAUAUAUUUCAAGAAAAUGUCAAACCCAAUGUUAGGAAUAUUUUAUAUCAACAUUAAACGAACACAGUACAGACAUGUCUCGCAGUGCCAUGGUUAGAUCCCCCCCCCACUGUCCCCCAUGUAAUGUAAAUAAAAUAUAUAACAUGGUAUUUCACCAACGAGAAUUCAUGAUGAAUUUCAAAUUUUAGGUCAAAAUAGCCAAACUGUAAACAUCUCUUUCAGUAACGCUUUCAGUUCAGCAAUUUUUGCCUUAAAGGGACACUAUAGUCACCAGAACCACUACAGCUUAAAGGGACUCUCCAGUGCCAGGAAAACAAACCGUUUUCCUGGCACUGCAGGUCCCCUCUCCCUCCCACCCCCCAUCCCAAGUUGCUGAAGGGGUUAAAACCCCUUUAGUGACUUACCUGUAUCCAGCGCCGAUGUCCCUCAGUGCUGCGUCAGGGUCCGCCCACGCUCCUCCCCGCCGACGUCAUCUGGCAGGGGAGAUCUAAACUGCAAUAUUUGCAGUUGCAGGGUUAAGGGUAGUAGGAGUUGGAACCCAGAGUGGUAUGGGUGCCUGAAGUGUCCCUUUAAUGCACAGUAAACAGCUUAAAGGGAAACAAUAGGGCCAGAAAAACAAACUCGUUUUCCUGGCACUAUGGCUUUCAACUUUGUCAAGGCCCCCUCCCGCGGCAUUAAUAACCCCUUCUGUCAGUUACCUGGGACAGCUCUGCCCAUGCUCCUCCCCCGCCAACGUCCGCCGGCGGUGGAGAACUAAUGCGCAUGUGCGGCCAUGACCACGCUCACAUUAGGAUCUCCCCAUAUGAAAGCAUUAUUCAAUGCUUUCCCAUGGGUACUCCGGCGGCGCUGGAAGUCCUUAUGCAGAGCGUGAGGACGUCCAGAGUCAUUUAGACGACCAAAAGUCGUCUAAGAAGCCAGAAGUCCCUCGAGGAGGAGUUAACCCUAGCAGGUCAUUAUUGCCGUUUAUAAAAACGGCAAUAAUUAACACUCUAGGGUUAAGGGUGAUGAGAUUUGGCACCCAGACCACUUCAAUGAGCUGAAGUGGUCUGGGUGCCUACAGUGUCUCUUUAAUGUAGUCACUGCAGGUUUUUCAGAGAAUAUGUAGUGUUUACAUUGCUGGCUAGUAACACCUCUAGUGACAGUCACUAAGAUGGCCACUAGAGGUGCUUCCUAGUCAAGUGCUGCACAGUGUGUAGUAACUACAUUCAGCAUCUCCAAGAUCUGCAUGGAGACGCUGCACGUUCCCGGUGGAGAUGCAUUGAUUCAAUACAUCUCUGUGAUGAGAUGCAGAUGGGCGCAGUCCAAUGUUCUGCCGCCCUUGCGCAGUAGCCUCCCAAUGCUUUCCCAUUGGAAUGCAUUGUAUUUGCUGAGAUCAUCAAGAUUUAUUCUUUUUCACUGCAAUCUGUGGGGGCUGGAGACCCAAAUAGCCACUCCAGCACUAUAGUGUUGGGAAUACAUUUUUGUAUUUGUAACACGUGACUAUAGGGUUCCUUUAAAUUUGAAAUUCACUGUAAAAUUCCCUCUCCAGUAAAUAACCCUGUAAAAAAAAAAGGUUUUACUUUAUUUCCAGCAUUAAGGCUCACUCAUUGCUGCCUGCUUCUCCUACCACAAAGUCAUCCUGGAGGUGUUACUUGCUGCCUUCUUGUCCAAUCCAGUGCAAAUCAUAGAGCAACAUUGGGGAGGAAACGCGCGUGCACUUCCAAUAACCCAGUGCUUCCCUAUGAACUGCAUUUAAUGACAUUCAAUGUCUUCAUGGACAAAACGUACAUGCUAAAAGUACAGGGUCGCGGCACCUAGACCACUUAAUUGAAGACAUCUGAGGGUGUCUUUAAAUUUGUAUGAGUGCGCUGAAGUAAGUCCGAUUGUUCUUAGGCACUGUGUGAAAUCUGGAGCAUCCUUCAUCACUCUCAGCCAGGAGUGUUCAGACACAACAAAGCAGACCUGAAUGUGCUGGGGCAACUCCCAUCAGGCAAAGUAGUGGUUUUGCAUCUGGCAUCGCUAGCAUGAAGUGGGAAAGUUACCAGGUGGAGGUGAAAGUGUCUGUAAAGCAACUACUCCCAUUACACUCAAGGAUUUAUUUGCUAAACUCAAAAUUGCAACACAUUGGAUUUUAAUUUGCAAAAUUUAGUCUAAAAUGCCAAGCUGUGACUAAUGUUGAGUUGGAGAAUCUUUUUUUCAAAUCUGCUAUUAUCUAAAUUGUGAUUUUUUUCCCCCUCCAAUUUUCAAAUUCAGAGAAGCAGCUAAGACAUGACAAUUCAGAAUUUUGCGAGGAGGUUUCAAAGCACCUUGGGUCAUUUGCGGAUGCUGUCAAAGAACUGGUAAUUACGUUGCUGACUUUGCAUGAUUGUAUUUACGUAAAAGUAAUCAAGACUUUGACAGGUUUAAGGGAGCUGUACUACAACUAUGGCUGUGGGGUCACACUUUGAUUCAAGGGUUUAUUUAAUAAACCUGCAACUAAACAUUUUAAGCUAAUAUCGAUAAACUAGAAAUAUUUGCCAGCUUGUCUGUCUUGUCCUAAUAUUUGCAAGCCCCUUGUCAGGUCUCUACAGUUUUCGGUUUAAUGGCUAACUUAUUCAUUAGUCUUUUACCACUAAACCUGUCAUCAGUUCAGUGGCCAGUCAACUAUAUGGUCUCCACAAAUGCUCCUUGCCGCCCCAUAGUUCUACGUUCUAUAAUGAGUAUGUAUAUAACAUAUCUACAUAUACACUAUAUAGACAAAAGUAUUGGGACACAGCUCUUAAUUGUUGAAAGCAGGUGUUCCAAUCAGACCGAUUGCCACAGGUGUAUAAAAUCAUGCACCUAGCCAUGCAGUAUGCCUUUACAAACAUUUGUGAAAAAUAAAAUAAAUCGUUCUGAAGAGUGAAUUCUAGGUAUUCUAUGGUCAACUGUAAGUGGUAUUAUUGGAACGUGGAAGUGUUUAGGAACAGCAGCAGCUCAGCCAUGAAGCUUAAAGGGACACUAUAGUCACCCAGACUGUAACCGAGUAAACUUGCAGAAGCCAGACACAGAGAGAUGGAUGCAGGUUUUCAGGAAGUAGGAGGUUUUUAUUAACAUACCGAUCGGGCCUCAGAUGAACUAAUGUUCCAAAACAGGUCUGAGGGCCAAACACAUGGAGUACAUGCUUUUUAUAGAACUAUAACCAUUAAUAGCUCCACCCGCACAUACCCUUAACCAAUCAGUGGACAGGAUUUGGAUUUCCUCAUGUGGACAGACCACAUGGCUCAUCCGAAACAAAGGAGAAAGGAGUGUAAUUUCAGUUUCUGCAUUCCUGCACAUACUCAGUACAUUGAUGACAAUAUCUUAGCUACGUGUAACUAACUAACUGAUACAACAUACACAUAUGCCACGUGGAAAUCUCGGCCUACUAAAUUUACAUUUCACCGAAAUUCCAUCAAAAGACCACUUCAGCUCAAUGAAGUGGUCUGGGUGCCAGGUCCCUUCAGUUUUAACCCUUCACAUGUUAACAUAGCAGUUUCAGAGAAACUGCUAUGUUUACAUUAGGGGUUAAUCCAACCUCUAGUGGCUGUCUCCCUGACAGCCGCUAGAGGUGCAUCUGCGACACUGGAUGCGAAAUUGAGAAAUACUUUCCUAUAGACAGUUUGAAUGCGCGUGCGGCACUUGCCGCGCAUGCGCAUUCCGCUCCACUCAGGAGCUGACGGCGGGGGAGGAGAGGUCACCAGCGCCAAGGGAGCCCGGCGCUGUAUUAAGGUAAGCUGCUGAAGGAGUUUUCCUGACACUAUAGUGAUCCUUUAAUAAGGCAUAAGUAGUUUUUUCAUCCAUAUUAAUAGAAUCUUGUCUCUUAAUUUCAAAAGGAAAUGGAGGAUAAUGACCAAAAGUCUAUUUAACUGUCACAAUUUCUCAGUCCCCAUGACAUAAAUCCCCAUACCAAACGCUAAUGGUGGUCACAAAACAGCCUGGCAUUUUUUGAAAUACAAGCAGCACUGGCUGCUCAUUCACUCUGAAUAUCGAUAUAGAUGGAAAAUAGUAAUCUCAAACCAAUGCCUCCUCAUCUACAACCCUCGAGGUUACCCAAAUAUACAACGUACGGUUUUCCAUUGGAUUUGGCUCUCCUGGUGUGCCAUCCCCCUCUCCCCUGGCAGCACAUAACUUCUUUUCUGUACAGUUUGUUCGCAAAGUUUGGUUGACACAUCCUCUGGGUUAAUAUUGGGCUGUACCUCAGUAGAACCAUGUGACGAGGUUCUUGUUCUUAUUACCCACUACACACCUACACUAUCCACCAAUGUUAACUACAGGCUCUACAAACAUUAUUGCACCUAGGAUAGCGAGAAAGAUCACUAAUGGGAUUAGCUCCCAUAUAUUUAAACUUAAUCCAAGCUCUAUCUGCAGAAGGCACAGGUCUAUGGAUCAUAGAGCUAUACUUAUACAGCAGCUUUACAAAUUCGAUCACCCCAGGAAUAUUGUCCUUAUGCACAGAUUUAUAGGGCUCAACACACGUUCUCAAGGAUUCAGUGCAAGUAACACUGUAUCAAGGGCACUGUUUACAAUUUAUCAAGUUCUCGCUAAGGUUAAUGUGUAUAUAUCCUGUAUGUCAACAAUUGUCGAUAAUGUUGAUUAAGUGAUAACUAUAACCAAUCUAACCAACUAAAUGAAACAUUCUGUAACCCUAUGGAUGUACAAUAAAAACUAUUAUAAAAAAAACAGCCCGGCAUUUGCACUCGUUAAAAUAACUCACACAACGUUUAUUUAUUUAGUCUUGUUUAUCCUCUAAAUGGUGAAGAAUUGAGAAGGGAAUUGCAAAUGUUAGGUCAGAAUAGCUGGAAAGACAACUGAGUUUGAGGCUUUUUUCAAGCUGACUAUUUUCCUUGAAAUUUGCAAUUUCCUGAUCAAUUCCUAAUCGUUAAAGGUUCAAUCAAUAAUCCUGUCAUGAAUUCAUGAGUGGGAGAGAAUGGAAGUUGCUGUUACCGUCCAUUAACUGACACUUAACGGUAAAACUUGCAAUAAAUAUCAAGAAACCGUGUCAGAGGUGCAAAUAAUGAAGUGCAAAGUUAUAUAAAUAUUUAAGAAACGUAAAAUGCAUCAAAGCUGGAAAAAGGGUCAAAUUUAACCUUAAGAAACAUGAAACACGAGUAGCAGCUUGUCAAAUACAUAUGAGAGAAAAAAAAUAAGAAAAAUGGGUAUGAUGUAGUUUAGUAUGUUUAAUAAUAGAUAUAUCAAUAAAAACACAAACAAAUAAGUAAAUAUACAACAUAAAUUGUGCAAAUGUAGCCUUUCCACAAUGGCCCUCAAACGCCAGCAAAGUCUGCUCAAAGUCCACACGGCUGGCCAUCAAGAUGCUCCACGAGGUAGAAGCAUCCAAUUGGCUGAACGCAGCAAUGACUCCUCUACGAAUGUCCCAGCUAUGGUAGACAUAUCCAAUUGGCUGAAUGCAGAAAUGGCUCCUCUACGAAUGUCCCAGCUAUGGUAGAAGCAUCCAAUUGGCUGAACGCAGCAAUGACUCCUCUACGAAUGUCCCAGCUAUGGUAGACAUAUCCAAUUGGCUGAACGCAGCAAUGACUCCUCUACGAAUGUCCCAGCUAUGGUAGACAUAUCCAAUUGGCUGAAUGCAGAAAUGGCUCCUCUACGAAUGUCCCAGCUAUGGUAGAAGCAUCCAAUUGGCUGAAUGCAGAAAUGGCUCCUCUACGAAUGUCCCAGCUAUGGUAGAAGCAUCCAAUUGGCUGAAAGCAGCAAUGACUCCUCUACGAAUGUCCCAGCUAUGGUAGACGUAUCCAAUUGGCUGAAUGCAGAAAUGGAUCCUCUACGAAUGUCCCAGCUAUGGUAGACAUAUCCAAUUGGCUGAAUGCAGAAAUGGCUCCUCUACGAAUGUCCCAGCUAUGGUAGAAGCAUCCAAUUGGCUGAACGCAGCAAUGACUCCUCUACGAAUGUCCCAGCUAUGGUAGACAUAUCCAAUUGGCUGAAUGCAGAAAUGGCUCCUCUACGAAUGUCCCAGCUAUGGUAGAAGCAUCCAAUUGGCUGAACGCAGCAGUGACUCCUCUACGAAUGUCCCAGCUGUGGUAGACGUAUCCAAUUGGCUGAAUGCAGAAAUGGAUCCUCUACGAAUGUCCCAGCUAUGGUAGACAUAUCCAAUUGGCUGAACGCAGCAAUGGCUCCUCUACGAAUGUCCCAGCUAUGGUAGAAGCAUCCAAUUGGCUGAACGCAGCAAUGACUCCUCUACGAAUGUCCCAGCUAUGGUAGACGUAUCCAAUUGGCUGAACGCAGCAAUGACUCCUCUACGAAUGUCCCAGCUAUGGUAGACGUAUCCAAUUGACUGAACGCAGCAUCUUUGUUUUAUCACAGCCAAUGGCAUUCAAGUAAUACCUGGUUUUGUGCUCCGGUUUGUUACCUGUAGAGUUUUCAUUUCUGAGGAAAGGCACUACCCAGCAGUGCGGACACUGAGGAGGAACAUAUCUACCUCAUCCAUCAUAUAAUGAAAUCUCUGCAAAUCCUACUCUAUUACUCAAGUGCUAAACAGGAAAAAAACAAAACAAAACAUAAAACAAAAAAUAUCUCCCCCCCCCACCCCCAGAAGGUGAAGGAGAAGGUGCCCCUAAAAAAAGGCAUUUACUAGCAAAUCCAUCUUUUAUUACUUUCUUAAUAAGCUAGUGGUUUUAUUAACAUGCUCCGUUGUCGAUUAAUACAUUUGCAAUAAUUUAAUUCAAUAUUUUUCACUCAGGAAAAUGUUAGGAGGACGACACGUGAGCUCCUGGAAAUGGAGACAAUUGAAACAAGCAAACUACGAUAUCAGAUUCUGCAUCUCCCAGGAAUCAUCGCACAGGAGAUAGAAGGUAACCAGACAGUGAGGAGAAGCCCUACUGCUCACCCAUCAUUCAUUUCAUUGCAUUGUGUGAGGAAGUUAAAAGAAGUACAGGUUGGGGUUUAUCAAUGGAUGAGAUCAAAUAAAACAUUCAUUGGUAUGUAGUUCCCUAGAGGAUGUUACUGUACGAGUUGAAAAAGGGUUUAGGUGAAAAUACUUGUUUUUAGGUUAAAAACUGGCUUAACGAUGUAGGGUAGGGACUAAAUGCAAAAGUGUACCUAGGUUACAUGGCAUCCAGGGCAGAACACAUUUAUGUACACACACUGACAUUCAUAUGCCUUCAGAAUUACUUGCAUACACACCCAGAGUACAGCUGCAGAGCAGCAAUAUGCUGGUAGGUAAGUGCCUGUUUUGACAGGAUGUGGUACACCUCCCCUGCCACCUGUUACUUUCCCCUUAGAACGUCCCUUACUAGUUGUUGAGUUUGAGCUGGAUAAAAGUGAUAAGUGGAGUGCCUCAGGGCUCUGUCAUGGGUCCACAUGUCUUCCGUGUGUUCAUUAUUAAUUAUUUUGAAAUUGGAAGUGGAAGUCACAUUAUUGUGGAUGAUAUCAUAUUCAGUAAGGUAAUCCAGUCUUAGAAGGAAAAUUUAUUUUAUAUAGAACCGGUAAAAAAAAAAUAAUUGCAUUUGUAUUUUUAUAGCAAUAUUAUCCUAUGCUCGGGGCCCGUGCAAAUAGUUCCGAUAGGCAUUAACAGCAUUGUAUAAAAUACACAAUAGGUUUUCCACUGAGAUUUGAAGAAAGCUUGUAUGUGCUUCUCUCCCUCCCCAAUGUAGCUGCCGUUUCCAGUGCUCGUACAUCUAAUGAGUCUGAAUUGAUGCAGUUACAAAAUGAACUGCAAGACAUAACACUGGAAAUAGAAAACACUGCAAAGAGACAAAUGGACUUGGAGGAAAUGAACUUGUGUCUCAGGUAAAGUCCAAUCAUUGCCUUAAUGAAUUGAACACCUUUUUGUGCCAGACAAACUCUGAUGCAAUAUCUAGAUUUAUUGAUUUGUUUUGUUAUAUCUUCACCAGAAGAUGCUUAUAGCCGGUCAUUGCUAUGCAAAGUUGACCAGAUAUUGCUUUAUUUCCGCUUGCUCUGCAGUGAUGCUGGGCUUUAAGUGCUGGAAGAGCAAGUUUUUGUCAUACAACUGAAUGCUUGAACAAACAGAGGCCUCUAGGCUGCCCUCACCACAGUGCUCUAUAAUUCGAGGAUUUUACAAUUAUCAUGACGGAAAGUCAUGAUUUUAUUAAAGACACGGAGGCGAGUAUUAUGCUGCUCUCUUUCUUUAUUACCCUCAGCAGCAAAGAAUACAUUAUUGAAGAAAAAUAAACAUUUGAACUAGGUAUAACAUCAUAGUGACAAUGUCCGCCUAGUAACAUGGCCAUCCAAUCAGUGUCGUCCUUCUCCUAUAGUAGGCGGAGCAUUGAUGACCACUUCCUCUUUCUUUCUUGCGUAUCCCGAAGAAUAAACUCAAAACUCGGAACAGGAAACCAGAUAAACCAACGAGCCAGAACAAGGUAUGAGACUCCAAGAGCUCCUUCAACCCAGUCAUGCUAGAAGAGACAAGAAAAUAUGGUAAUGUCUUGGACUGAUGGGUUUUCAUACAUAGAGGUCCACACAUUUGACUAAACAGUGGCAAUAAUUCAUAGAUGUAGUAAGAGGGACUACUGAUCUGAGGACACUUGUGGCAAUGAGUCUCAAAUUAGAUAAUGUCCUAACGCCUGUGAUGGCCUCAAUAUCACCAAGAUUGAACUUACCAUGGAGAGGUCUGUAACUUACCUUGCCCCACAUCCAAGCCGUCCAAGGGCGGGUGGGUGGGAUAAUACUCGCCUCCGUGUCUUUAAUAAAAUCAUGACUUUCCGUCAUGAUAAUUGUAAAAUCCUCGAAUUUUAUUAAAGACCCGGAGGCUCCUAUUAUGCUAUUUUAAAGCUGUGAUAUCACGGCUUCUGCAAAAUGUUGGAUUGGUUUGAAAUAGAAAUUACGGAAGGUAGAUUCCGCAGACCAAUCAGCCGCCUUCAAUAUAUCCUCUAAACGACAACCAGCAAAGGAGGCUUUAGAGGCCAUGGCACUGCGAACCGAAUGGGGAGAGAAAAUGGAGGUGUCAAUACCUGCCAAAGACAUGAGCCAUUUCACCCAGCGGGCCAAGGUUGGAGAGGAAACCGGAGCAUGCGGUUUACGGAAGGAGAUGAAGAGUUGGUGGUCUGACCCAGUCCGAAGGGGUGCGGUACGGGCUUGGUACGCCCGAAGGCAUGCUACCGGGCAAAGGAGUGGCUUCGCAUGAAACGCCGGGUACAGGACCGUCCGAGAUGACGAUUUCGUCCUCCGUGAGAUGUCAAAGACCACUCCUUCUGGAGAGAAGGAUCGGGCAUUGACAUCGAGUGCUCUAACAUCUGACACUCUCUUGCAGGAGAUUAGGCAUAAGAGCAUAACUAGUUUAGCGGAUAGUUGUUUCAAGGAUAAAGAGUCGUUGUCUGGCCAUCGUGUCAAGAAAUUCAAUAUUAGGGAGACGUCCCACAGGGAGGAAUAGCGAGGUUGGGGUGGCCUUGCAAAGCGAAUGCCUCGGAGAAGACGACAGACAAUUGGGUGUCGUCCUAUCGGGGCCCCAUCAAUGCCUGUAUGGCCGGCCGAUAUGGCCGAACGGAAGAGGUUUACUGUCCUGUAAGCCUUCCCGUCGUCAUAAAGGGAUGUUAAGAAUUGCAGGACUGUUGUCACAGGAGUUGAUAGGGGAUCCAAACCCCGUGCCAUGCACCAACCAUCCCAUGUGCGCCAAGCAGACUUGUAAGACUGCCUCGUGCCGGGUGCCCAUGAGCCCUCGAGAAGUCGGAGAGUCGAUUGCGAAACUCCCUCGAUCGACCAGGGUCCCCGGAAACCAGCCACGCCAUGAGGCGGAGGAGCCCCUGACGGAUCAUGGGGUGGGGGUUCGCAUCCGGGUCUCGUAGUAGAGAUUGGGCAUCCGGGAGGAGCCGCGGGCGAUCUAUGGCCAUCUCCAGAAGAGGAGGGAACCAGGGCUGCGACGGCCAUAACGGGGUUAUUAUCACCAAGCAGCCCAAUUGGCGCCGUAGGUGGAGAAGACACCGAGGAAUGAGGGCGAAAGGAGGGAAAGCAUAGUUCCUGGUGGUUGACCAGUCUUGGGAGAAAGCAUUCGUAGCCGAAGCCUUGGGGUCUGGCCUCCAACUGAAGAAGGUCGGAAGUUGGGUGUUCAAACGGGAGGCAAACAAGUCUAUUGCCAGAGGACCCCACAGAUCCCAAAUGUGCUGGAAGACUUGGGGAUCGAGGUGCCAAUCGCUGGAAUCCCGUAGAUGGCGGGAGUACCAAUCCGCCGUAGUGUUGGAUAACCCGGGUAAGAAUUCUGCCCUGACGGCCAUGUUGUGUUGCAGACAAAACUGCCAAAAGUCCCUCGCCAAAUUCGCCAGGAUUUUGGAUCUCGUGCCACCGAGGUGGUUGAUAUACCGGACAGCCGAUACGUUGUCCAUCUUCAGUAAGAUUGAGCAUUGGGACAGUGUCGGGGAGAGGCUGCGAAUUGCAAAGGACCCUGCAAGGAGUUCCAGGCAAUUUAUAUGCAGUGUUGACUCCGCCUCCGACCAGCGUCCGCCUGUGGAAAUAUCUCCGCAGCGCGCACCCCAACCAUAAGAGCUCGCGUCCGACUCUAUUACUACAUCUGGGGCCGAGCCGAAGAUGGCUUUGCCAUUCCACGCCUCCAUGUGUAUGAGCCACCAGCGGAGUUCUUCUUUCGCCUCUGCGUUUAGAGUCAGAGUAUCCUCGUAUGAGGCGCCGUCUCUCAGGUAUGACGCCUGUAGGCGUUGGAGGGCUCUGUAAUGAAGGGGACCCGGGAAUAUGGCCUGUAUGGAGGCUGCUAGGAGCCCGAUCACGCGGGCCAGAUGUUUGAGAGAUAUAUGUGGACAGGUAAGAACUCGUCUUAUCUCUUUCUUGAUAUUUUUCAUUUUGGAUGUUGGUAAAUACAAGGUUUGCAUAACUGAGUCCACCAAGAGACCUAGGAAUUCUAUUUGUUGAGUGGGGGCUAGGGUGGACUUUUCCCAAUUUAUGAUGAAUCCCAAAUUCUGCAACAAGGUUGUGGUCCAACCGAGGUGCAUAUGGAGCAGUGAGACUGACUGGGAUAGCAGUAGGAUGUCGUCUAAAUAUAUGAUUAGGCGUAUCCCUCGACUGCGUAGGAGAGCAAUCACGGGCUUCAUUAGCUUGGUGAAGCACCAAGGUGCGGAAGACAGACCGAAGGGAAGGCAGCGGAACCGCCAUUUCCUUCCUUGCCACGUGAAUUGCAGGAAAUCUUGGUGCGUCUGUGCAAUGGGUACCGUGAGGUACGCGUCUCUUAGAUCGAGUUUGACCAUCCAGUCGGCUGGUUGGAGCAAAUCUCGCAGGCAGUGAAUGCCUUCCAUCUUGAAGUGAUGGUAAUUUACGUAGGUAUCUAGGUGUUUGAGAUUGAUAACUGGGCGGGACCCGCCCCCCUUCUUUGGGACAAUAAAUAGGUUGCUCACAAAACCCGGGGUAUGCAUCGGGAUUUCUUGAAUAGCUCCUUUGAGAGCCAAGUCUCGGACCUCCUCGGAGACGAGGGUCGUGUCUAGAGGGGAAAAAGCAAUCUCCCUGGGUGGGGAGCGUUGGGUUGGAAGGGAUAUAAAGUCUAUUAGGUACCCGUGGACAGCCCUGAGUAUCCAGGCAUCUGAGGUAAUGAGAGCCCAGACAUGGGAAAAAUGUGUGAGUCUGCCCCCAAUCGCCACUUGUGUUUGAAAUUGAGAAAGGUAGCUUACCGUAAGGACGUCUUCCGGAAGGAGCGCCUCGAGUAACUCUCGACACCCAUGGUCUGCCUCGUUGUGGAAAAAAGGUCGGAGCGGACCUUUGGUCAAUAAAGGGGGUUCUCCCAACAUAGGAGCCUCGGCUCGGGCGCGAGCCUCUGUUGACUCUGCCGGACAGACGGCCCCUUGCUCUGCCGGCCCCACCAAAAACCUUUGGGUGGAACACCCUUUUUAGAUUUGAUUGUGCCUUGUCUAAGGCCGUGAAUGUUUGGACAUAAGAUCCCAGGUCUUUUACAAAAGAUUCUCCAAAAAGGUACCCUUUUGCUAGGGCCCCUGGCUCAGUAAUUGCCAUAUUUACAAGCUUUGGUUCUAUUUUAAUGAGAAUAGAUUUACGGCGCUCUGUAGCCAGAGCGGUAUUGGCAUUGCCUAUGAGGCAUAUCACCCUCUGAAUCCAACCUCUAAUAGUGAGGCGAUCUAAGGCGUCAUCUUGUGCCAAGGAUUUCUCCACGGCUUCGAAAAUUUGGGUCGCUGGACCUAAGAUAUCCAAGACUUUGUCUUGACAAUUAUAAAGCGAAAAGUCUAGACCUUUCUUAGGUUUCCAACCCGUCUUGCUUAAAAAUUGUAUGAUCUUGGGAUCGACUUGGGGUGUCUUACAGACCUCGUCUGGUACGGUGGGGCGUGGGCAUUCAGCCCUCAGUUUAUUACGUGUUGCCUUGUCCAGAGGCUUACGGACCCGUGAGGCGACAUAUUGUGCCACAUGCUCAGCUGGUGACCAUUCUGCAGAGCGGGGGUGACGUAAGUCAUCCGGCUCAAACAGUGGUUCGCCCUGCGGGUCAAGGAUUUUUCCCUGUUUAAUCAAUUCUGAGCUUGCGGUAUUUAUCUCAGUAGAGGGAUCACACACCUCAUCAAUGUCAUAUUCAGAAUCUAGGUCGGACAAAUCGUUAGACUGAUCUGAGUCUAGGGCUGGGGCACUCUCCUCAUCUGAACUGAGUUCUGACUCAGUGGAAUCAGGUUGGGCUUUAGCCCACUUCCAAUGCCUAGCCGCUUUUGCCCGGCUAGAGGCUCUUUUGCGCGGUGGGUUAGUAUUCGCGCCAUCUGUGACAGGUGUUUUACUGUCCAUCGUUAACCUGGAGGAGUGCUUGGUUUUUGCCGAGGCUUUGCGGCCGGGGCGUGAUGGGUUGGAAAUAGAUGGUAUCGCGACUGGCAUAGCGGUCGGAGGGACCAUGCGUUGGGCCUGCCUUAGUGCCUGGGUAAAAGAUUUUGAAAUAGAUGAAGACAUAAUGUCCAUGGCAGAUGCCAGGGCUUUAGAGACAGACUUGGACACAGUAGUGUCCAUGAUAGUCUGAAUAUCCUCUGAUGCUGGGAAAUCCAGGUCAUCCCCAGAAACUAUAGGGGGAACACCCAAUGUAGUGUGGGGGUCAGUUGUUGUCCCUGAGGGACCAGGCAAGUCAUUAGCAGAUUGCAUAGUAUAAUGUAACUGACAGGCAGGAGUUUAUAAUCAAAUAACAGAUUUUUUUUUUUUUUUUUUUUUUUUUUUUUUUUUUUUUUUUUUUUUUUUUUUUUUUUUUUUUUUUUUGACAGUAAUCAACAGUGCAAGUAAUGUGUGGUUAAUUUAAUACUAAAAGUUGUAAGCAGGGUUAAGUAACCCAGCUGAAAUAACUAAAGUACACUAAGCAGUAUAUUUAAAACAGCAAAGACACUUACAGCUAGUUAUGAAAUAAUGGAGGGGAGCAGGAGAAAGGGGGACCGUCCGCCACUAAUACUGGACACCAACUCCGAUCAAGGGACGGAGUGGGCGUUCCAGAGUACAAAGGGCGGGAAAAAUGCGGAAGAAAAUGGCCGCCUUGUCGGCGGGAACCAAAAAGAUGGCCGCCGCGACGAGCGAAACCGAAAGUAAAAGUAAAGGAAAUGAAAAGCCGUUGUCGGCGUGGAAGGAACGGAGUUACACUGCCGCACGAGGAGGGAGAGUAGGAGUGUGGCUGGCUGCGCGGUCAGAAAUAGAUCUGACCGCGACCACCGCCGGAGUGAAAAUGGCCGUUGGGGCGGUCUGACAGGGCGCGCAUGCGCGGACAGACUAAAUGCCGGCGAAUUUAAAGUAACAGGACCUUAGACCUGUCAAGCCCCUGAAUAUCAGGGCAGUUAGAAAAAAUGGGGUUAAGCCAUGAGAGUGGUUGGAUUUGUAACAGAAACAAGUGAAAUAUUCAACAGUGGUAAAUGAUUAUUUAAAGGUACAAUGCCUCCAGUACCAGUAAAAGGUACCCAUGAAUGUGAGUUAUUAUAAAGAAAACAAUUAAAUACAAUUAAAUAUAAUUAAAUACAAUUAGCAUGUUGAAUAGAGUAACAUUAAAGGAUCUCACAGUGAGAGAACUGUGAGAGGUGUACUUAUCUGAGGGUAGCAGCAAAGAAAGAGGAAGUGGUCAUCAAUGCUCCGCCUACUAUAGGAGAAGGACGACACUGAUUGGAUGGCCAUGUUACUAGGCGGACAUUGUCACUAUGAUGUUAUACCUAGUUCAAAUGUUUAUUUUUCUUCAAUAAUGUAUUCUUUGCUGCUGAGGGUAAUAAAGAAAGAGAGCAGCAUAAUAGGAGCCUCCGGGUCUUUAAUAAAAUCCUAGAUAUAUCUCCUAAAAGGAUGGGCCAUAAUAUGCCACUGCUUUCUCCCAAUUACUGCAGUUAGUAUGUGAAAGCCACGGCUUUCUCCCAAUUACUGCAGUUAGUAUGUGAAAGCCACUGCUUUCUCCCAAUUACUGCAGUUAGUAUGUGAAAGCCACUGCUUUCUCCCAAUUACUGCAGUUAGUAUGUGAAAGCCACGGCUUUCUCCCAAUUACUGCAGUUAGUAUGUGAAAGCCUCUGCUUUCUCCCAAUUACUGCAGUUAGUAUGUGAAAGCCACUGCUUUCUCCCAAUUACUGCAGUUAGUAUGUGAAAGCCUCUGCUUUCUCCCAAUUACUGCAGUUAGUAUGUGAAAGCCACGGCUUUCUCCCAAUUACUGCAGUUAGUAUGUGAAAGCCGCUGCUUUCUCCCAAUUACUGCAGUUAGUAUGUGAAAGCCACGGCUUUCUCCCAAUUACUGCAGUUAGUAUGUGAAAGCCGCUGCUUUCUCCCAAUUACUGCAGUUAGUAUGUGAAAGCCUCUGCUUUCUCCCAAUUACUGCAGUUAGUAUGUGAAAGCCACGGCUUUCUCCCAAUUACUGCAGUUAGUAUGUGAAAGCCACGGCUUUCUCCCAAUUACUGCAGUUAGUAUGUGAAAGCCUCUGCUUUCUCCCAAUUACUGCAGUUAGUAUGUGAAAGCCUCUGCUUUCUCCCAAUUACUGCAGUUAGUAUGUGAAAGCCUCUGCUUUCUCCCAAUUACUGCAGUUAGUAUGUGAAAGCCACUGCUUUCUCCCAUUACUGCAGUUAGUAUGUGAAAGCCACUGCUUUCUCCCAAUUCCUGCAGUUAGUAUGUGAAAGCCACUGCUUUCUCCCAAUUACUGCAGUUAGUAUGUGAAAGCCACGGCAUUCUCCCAGUUACUGCAGUUAGUAUGUGAAAGCCACGGCUUUCUCCCAAUUACUGCAGUUAGUACGUGAAAGCCACUGCUUUCUCCCAAUUCCUGCAGUUAGUAUGUGAAAGCCACGGCUUUCUCCCAAUUACUGCAGUUAGUACGUGAAAGCCACGGCUUUCUCCCAAUUACUGCAGUUAGUAUGUGAAAGCCACGGCUUUCUCCCAAUUACUGCAGUUAGUACGUGAAAGCCACUGCUUUCUCCCAAUUACUGCAGUUAGUAUGUGAAAGCCACGGCUUUCUCCCAAUUACUGCAGUUGGUAUUAAUGAAACCUCUGCUUUCUCCCAGUGCUGCAGUUGGUAUGUAAGAAGCCCGCGACUUUCUCCCAAUUACUGCGGAUUGGUAUGUAACCUCUGCUUUCUCCCAAUUACUGCAGUUAGUAUGUGAAAGCCUCUGCUUUCUCCCAAUUACCGGUGUUAUCAAUGAAGCCUCUGCUUUCUCCCAAUUACUAGGUCAGUAUCAGAAGCCACUGCUUUCUCCCAGUGCGGUGGUAACAAGCCUUACGGUGGUUGUGUAGAGGCAUGACUUUCCUCCCAAUUACUGCAGUUGGUAUCAUCGAAAGCCUCUGCUUUCUCCCAAUUUACUGCAGUUAGUAUGCUGAAAGCCACUGCUUUCUCCCAAUUACUGCAGUUAGUAUGUGAAAGCCACUGCUUUCUCCCAAUUACUGCAGUUAGUAUGUGAAAGCCACUGCUUUCUCCCAACUACUGCAGUUAGUAUGUGAAAGCCACUGCUUUCUCCCAACUACUGCAGUUAGUAUGUGAAAGCCACUGCUUUCUCCCAAUUACUGCAGUUAGGAUGUGAAAGCCACUGCUUCCUCCAAAUUACUGCAGUUAGUAUGUGAAAGCCACUGCUUUCUCCCAAUUACUGCAGUUAGGAUGUGAUGACGCUGAAGCCAUUAAUAAAUGUGUUUUUUUUACAACUGUUAGUACAUGAUGUGUGCUAUAUGGCCUAGAAAUGGAUCUAUAUUGAAGGGACUGCCAUGGCUUUAUCUUCUAGUUGCCGUGAAAAGACGUUGUCAGAUGAUUACCAGCAAGCUGUUGAUUUACUGAACCAGCAGAUGGCAGAGAAAGCUAGUAAGAGCAUCUAUCUCAAUGAGACCCACAACAAACGGAAGAAAGCCCAAGAAGCAGUUGUAGAAUUUAAAACCAAAAUAGAAGACCUCGCUGAAGACAUGAUCAAAGAAAGGUGGCGAUUUGCUGAAGAGAAGAUUAAUCUGACUAAUGAGGUGCUUCAUUAAUAAAUAUAUAGCUUUCCUUCCAUCAGGUGUAAAAUCCCUGUCUUCCAAAUUCUGUGUUUUGGUACACAUUAUCAUUAUGAAUUAUUUUACCAGGACCAGAAAUCUGUACAUAUUGUAUGUAAGAUAUAUCACCUGCAAUGUUACUGCUGUGCGAAUAGAACACAUGAACAAAUUGAAUGAAUACAUUAAGAAGUGAGCGUGAUGUGUCUAGUUAGUGGGUAUCGAUUUAGCUACUUUAUCUCUUAUUCAAACAUUACGUUUACUGGUUCAAUCCCAACAGGCUCAACUCAGCCUUUUACCUUCCAAUGUGGAGAAAAUGAGUGUUGUUGAGUUGGAUAAUAAUAGCACCAAUUCCCGAGUUCAUAUUUAAAAGCUAGUGCAAUUUUAAAGUGUUAUCCUUGAUUAUAAAUAUUUAUUUUAUUCACAUAUUAUUUAUCUAGCAUAUAAUAGUUAAUGCAUGUGUAGAAGGGUUGGAGUGAUAUGAAUGGUCUGACUUUAUUUGUGUACGAUCUAUAACUGGAUUGUAUAUUCUGGUUGUAUUGAUCUCUUCUGAUAGCUGAAGGUUAAACAAUCGACAGGCUGUGUUUAUGCAGUUUGGAUCACAUCCCAUCAUUCAGUUGUACUCAAGCCAGAUUUGUUAUGAAGCAUACUGGGCAAAUGACUGGUGGAUUGUGGGUAGAAUUGUAGUGCCAACCACUGUGUGUCAGACUGCCCCUAUUGAGAUCAUAUGAGACCAGAAGCUCCUUCUCUGCUUCCUCUUUCCCAUGAUAUCGCAGUGUUUCUGCUUCCUAUAAAGAUGGUAAAGUUUACAGAUUCUUAUUUUCUUGCUACACGUGUCGGCCAUUUCACUGUCAGUUGUGAGGUAUUGCUGUGCUGUGACAGUGUGACUUUCUAUCUCUGACUUCCUUCAUCCUAGAAUUAAAAGAAAACAACCAACAAUAAUGUACCUUAUACACCUUAAUAUAUAUGCAAAAGAUACUUAUCAAAUGAAGAUGAAUACAGCCUCCCUCAGAUCGCUUCCCAGCUAGCGAUCAACUUGACAGCAAAAUGUAGAAAAAACAACAACGAGGGAACCGGCUGAUAAUCUCUACAAAAGUAAAUAAAGAGAAUAUAGUGUAAUACAGUUUACAGUAUAAACAUUGCGCAAAUUGAAAUGCACUCACUGGAUUUUGGACAAAUUGAAGCUUGUAAGAUGCCUCCCCCGAUAGUAUGGGGGGCCUAGGGAAAUCCCCUGGAUGUUUUCACUCCAACACAGGACUCCGGGUGAAGUUUGGAAAGAUGGCUUUAAUUCAAUAUUAAAAUGUGUUUAAAAAUAAAUAAAAUAAAUAUAAAUAAGGUCCUACGCGUUUCGUCCCUUUAACAAAAUAGGGACUUCCUCAGGGACCACAAUAUUAAGAAACAAUUUGAUACAAUACAAUCAAAGUACAGCCUGUUUAUUUUUAAACACAUUUUAAUAUUGAAUUAAAGCCAUUUUUCCAAACUUCACCCGGAGUCCUGUGUUGGAGUGAAAACAUCCAGGGGAUUUCCCUAGGCCCCCCAUACUAUCGUGGAAGGCACCUUACAAGCUUCAAUUUGUCCAAAAUCCAGUGAGUGCAUUUCAAUUUGCGCAAUGUUUAUACUGUAAACUGUAUUACACUAUAUUCUCUCUAUUUACUUUUGUAGAGAUUAUCAGCCGGUUCCCUCGUUGUUGUUUUUUCUAGAAUUAAAAGAAAUAUGAAUGACCAACGAAUGACUUUGUGUGUGGUGUGUUUAACUUCCUUCGUGAUAGGAUUUACCUACUUUUUGUUACAGAUCACGGAAACCAGGAGGCUAACAGAAGCACAGGAGGCGCAAAACAUCGAGCAAAAGAAACGCUUAAGUCAAACAAAAUCUGCAUUUUAUGGUGUUGAACAAAAGCUGAAAAUGGAAAGAGAGGUGAGGGUGACAAGCUUGAUAGCACACUCUUUGGUGAUUAUAGUAAUGGGUUGUCUUACACAUAUUUUUUCUGUUAGUGUGUCUGUCUUCUGCAGUUUACUGGUUUUAUUAUGCCAUUAACUUGUUAGAGGAUGGCAAUUUAAAGUGCUCCUGCUAUGGAUAUGUCACAUGGUUACAGUUUAUUGGCUAUAAAUGUUAAUCUAGAAGACAUACUAGCAUAAUAUAAGAUAAAAGUCAGUACAGUUGAAUGUUUGCUAAGAUUCUACAAGUUACCAGCAUAGAGGUAUAAUGUAGCAGUGUGGUAGCUGCGGUUGCUGCAUAGCAUUGUGGGGCUGUACAGACAAAUACAGCAUUUCUAGCCAAUCAAUAGUGCAUUGUGGAUCAAGGUGUUUUUUACCUUCCUCUGAUACGUGCUUCAUCCAGUCUUAAAUGGCAAGUUUAGUGGGAAGAGCAAUGACCAACAGGGUGCUUCAUUGUGUUUAAUUUACCACAAAUGUAUAUUUAUUUGUUUUCAUCGAGUCUCUUCGGGUUCAUGGAUCCUCCAUAUCUGCUGAUAUCAUGUUGAGAUUCUCUAGAAGGAUGCACGAUUCUGGACUUGACUUACAUCAGUUCACUCUUGAAACAUGUCCCAAUUUUAACAUGAUCUCAAACUACAAUGAGAAACACUUAGACCAGGAGUAGGCAAUCUGUGCACUUUAAAUGUUGUGGACUCCUUCUCCCAUAAUGCUCUUACAGCCAUGAAGCUGGCAAAGUAUCAGGGAGAUGUAGUCCCCAACAUCUGGAAUGCCGAAGGUUACCUAUCCCUGGCUUGGAAAAAUAAUUUGUAUUGGGUGUUGCGGAGAGCAUGCUUUCGGUUUUCCCCAUUGUACUCUGCAGUCAAUCAGUGUGAGGCUGCACUGCUUCCUUUCCUAAGUACAAAAUUGCCCUGUCUCUAGUUAAUCACAAUAACACACAGUGUGCAACCUAUUUUCCAUAUUCUCUGUAGAGGUAUAUACUGUGAUAUUUCAUUAUGAUGGAUAUGAAAGGUUAUGAAAAAAUUGCAAUACUAUAUUAUUUGUGUAUAUGUAUAAUUUGCAAGUUCCUUUUUUACUGUUUUAAAAGGAUCUAAAUACUGUGAAGGGCGAUAUUUUACUUUUUCAAGCCUCCCACGCACGUUUGGCUAAUAAGCUGGAAGUUCAAAGGAUUUCGUUUGCUGAGCUCUUUGACAAAAAGUAAGGCUACAUCAUAACGUCUCUGUGAGACCAUUUUUUAUCUUGUUAUUCUGAAACCAGCUCUCAUUAUUUCUAUUGCAAGUUUCAUUCUUCUAAGACCUUAAACAAAUAUAAUCCUAAAAAUUUAAAAAGUUAUGUGUCGUUACAAUUAUGGAAAUAAACCCUCUUAGGAGCACAAAGAAAUUUAGAAAGCAUGUAUUGGGACCUUAAUUAUUUCCAGUAAUGCUCAGUUAACAUGUAUUCAUUAAUAAACAGAAACCAUUUUGGCCUUUCCCCAGCCAAGCUAUGUAGUUACCAAUGCCUCUCCUUAGCCAAGAUACAUAGCCUCACAAUGUAUUUAAGAAAAAUAUAUAGUUUAGCCAUUUUUUAACAUUGUGAUUUGCAGUGGACAUUAUCUACCUAAAUGACACUUAGUCCUACACUAUACUGAAGGCUACACGCUGCCUACUGCUGGGAUAAGCACUACCUCCCCCCCACUUUUUUGUGUAUUUGGCGGAAAUUCUGUUUGAAGCCAAGUUGGCCGUAGACGAAUUUCCACAUAAUGAAUUCGUCAAUACCAUAGUCCUCCUAUUCUUUUUUUUUUUUUUGUCAAUCAAAUUUUAUUAGGAUUUAUCGAAGUGUUACAAGCAUAAGUAUUGUACAGCAAUGUGGAAGAAAAUAGUGCUUCACAAUUCCGUUCUUGUACAUUAUACAGCAUGUCGUGUUAAGGCUUGUUCUCAUGGGUUAUUUCAAUAGCGGCCCGCCUCAUUCAUGAGGCGGUGUGGUAUGUGAGAUAUGUUGUCUUUAGUUAGUGAGUUAGUGUUAUGAAAUCGUCUUUCUACGGUGUAUUCUCGCUUGGAGUGAGAGCCCCUGAAGUGAGUUGUUUCUGGGGUACCGUCUCUGGCUGUGCAGAGCUCCCCUCCCCUUCCCCCCAUCCUCUCUGUCUACGGUCAUGGUCGUCCGGGCCGUAUAGUGGGUGAUGUGUUGGUCAGUGGCUGAGCUUGGUAUGCUGUCGGUCUCUAUCGCACUCUGUCCCUCGGGUUCAACCCAGCAGGUGUAGGGUGCGUUGGUGCCUUGUGAGUAACCGUGAAGUGGUUGCCCCGGUUUGGGGGCCCUCUAAUACUGCAGCUAGGUCCCCUCUAGGCGUAUGUCCCCUUUAUCCAUUGUUGUCCUGUGGAAUAUCGUGGCUAUUGUGUAUGUGUUAAUCAUUGUGAGGCUUCCUUUGAUGGAUCUACUCUUCGUCUUGUCUCCCCAAGGUUUAGUAUCCUCCGUGUCGUAGUGCCUUGUGGUGCGAGUGUCUGGGUUUGUGCUGUCCCCAGCUCCCUUCCUCCGUGUUGGAUGGCGGCUUUUGCCGCGCCUUUGGUGUCAGGUGGCGUGUGGGGCUGGGGCAGUCUCCCAUUUGUGUGCUACUCCGUGUUACUGAGUUAGGGGAGUCGACGUAUCUCUGAAUUUACUCCCGUAGUUCUGUGUCUGGGCCGUCCGUGGUCCUAAGCGGGAGUUCGGCUUUCUUGGGUUAGGGUGUGUCAGUGGACCUGUCAGUCCGAGUUCUCGGGAGUGGUUCAGGUGUUGCCUUCCCUGUCGGGGGUAGUUCUUUAGGAUGGUCGUGUGGUCAGUCUAUACUAGGUCCCCCCCAGCCCCCCCGAGGCGAGCGCCGCCCCCCCCCCACGCGGUCUCGCCACCCCCGCUCUCUUGGUCACAUAGUCCAUCCAUGGGUACCAUGUCAGCGCACAUUUUUCCGCCCGUCCCUGCAGUGAAGCCGUCAUCCGUUCCAUGUUGUAGAUGUCUUCCACCCUAGCGAUCCACUGUUCUAGCGAGGGGGUCAGCGUGGUUUUCCAGUGUGUGGGGAUAAGCGUCUUAGCCGCCGUAAGCAGGUGUAUAGUGAGCCCUCUUUUGUAGGCUGUCAGUGGUGUGUGCGUAUGGUUGAGCAACAUCGGCAGGGGCUGUAGCGGAAGUUCAGUGCCUGUGAUAUCUACUAUUGUGCGGUUUAUCGUUCGCCAGUAGGGGGCUAUAAGGGGACAUGUCCACCAGAUGUGGUAUGCUGUGCCCCUUUCUGUUCCGCAUCUCCAGCAGUCGUCAGGGAUCGUGUCAUGAAUAUGUCCUAGGAUAUCCGGGGUCCUGUACCAAUGCGUUAGAAUUUUAUAGUUGCACUCCUGGUACUUUGAGCUUAUGUUUCCCUUAUGCGACAGUAGGAAGAUUUUGUUCCAUUCCACGUCCGUGAGCUCUGUCCCCGUCUCUAUUUCCCACCGCCUCGUGAAGCCCAAGGCGUCCUUUUCUCCGCUGUUCAUUAGGGCGGUAUACAGAGUUGACACGCCAUGUGUGAUGUGUUGCCGGGCCGUGCAUAGUUGUUCCAGAUACAAGAGGGGGCGGUGUACGUGAUCCUUCCCCUUGAUAGUGUUGUAGUAUGCUUUGAGCUGGUGGUAAUGAAACUCGUCUAGUCUGGUAGGUCUACAGUCUCGUACCAGUUCUGUCAAGGGUCUCAGGCUCCGGCCGCUGCACCAUUGGUGUAGGUAGACCCAAUCCGUCGCUUGAAAAUUUUUAAGGGCAGUAGGAGUUAGUCCAUCGGCUAACUGGGGGUUGUUGGUUAUGGGUGUGAGCGGGUUGGGAGAUGUGGUAAGCUGCUUGGUGUAUCUUAUUCCGCACCAGACCCCAAGGGUGGCGUCUAUCAUUGGGUUGCCUGUGCGUAUUUCUCUAAGCGUAGCCUCUCCCAACCAUAGCACGGCGGGGAUCUUCCCCUGUGCUUGUUGGAGCUCCAUGUCCACCCAUUGCUUAGCGUUGGGGUUGGCAUGCCAGUCCACCAGUCUAUGUAGGUGAGUUGCCUGGUAGUACAUGAGUACGGACGGGAGUCCCAUGCCUCCGUCACACUUUGGUCGCUCCAGAAUCGUUCUCCGAACCCUUGUGGGCUUUUUGUUCCAGACAAACUGUCUAAUGUCGGUCGUUAGCCUCUGGAAGAAGACUCUAGGAACAGUGGUAGGCAGUGUCUGAAAUAAGUAUAGAACGCGCGGCAUGAUGUUCAUUUUUAUAGCGCUUAUGCGGCCGAACCACGAUAUGUACUUGGACGUCCAUCGUUUUAAGUCUUGUUGUAACGAUGCAAGGAGAGGAGUGAAAUUCAGUUGGUAGAUCUGCGCGAGCUCUUUCGGCAGCCAGACACCGAGGUAUCGGAGCUUUGUUGUGCAGAUUUUGAAUGCGAAGUGUGUUUCAAAGUGCCUUGUCAGGGUCAGGUUUUGUGCCACCGGCAUUGCCUCUGAUUUUUCUAGGUUAAGUUUUAGAUUUGAGACUUUGCUGUAUUGUUUGAACGCCUCGAGCAAAUUCGGAGUCGAGAUUCUAGGUUGUUCCAGGAAGAAGAGCAUGUCGUCCGCGUAUGCCGCGACCCGGUGUUCCGUUCCGCCCAGGCGAGUCCCCGUUAUGCCCCCGUCCUGUCUGACCGCCUCCAGAAACGGUUCGAGAGUGAGGGCAAACAGAAGGGGUGACAGAGGGCAUCCCUGGCGGGUACCAUUGUGGAUGCUAAAUGGUUUUGUCAGUGCUCCAUUGACCCGAAUGCGCGCCGUUGGGACCGUGUAUAAUGCGGCCACCCAUAAUCGUAUGUGGGUGCCAAAGCCCAUGUGGCGUAGCGUCUCAGCGAGGAACGUCCAGUCCACUCUGUCAAACGCCUUUUCGGCAUCCGUCGACAGGAGCACUACCUCCCGUUUUCCAAUCUUGGCCGCGUGUAUGACAUUGAGGGCUCUGAUGGUGUUGUCCCUGGCCUCCCUCCCGGGUAUGAAGCCGACUUGGUCGAGGUGUAUCAAGUCGGGCAGGAGAUGUGAGAUCCGUAGUGCCAUUGCUUUUGCGAAUAUCUUCAGAUCCGCAUUUAGUAAGGAAAUUGGGCGGAAGCUGGCGCAGUUCGUGGGUCUUUACCCUCUUUUGGGAGGACCGUGAUUGUGGCUCUCAAGGUGUCCGUAGGGAAGUGGCCAUCCGUUUGAAUUGAGUUGAGGCCCGUGAGAAGUCUCGGCAAUAGGAUGUCUCUGAAGGUGCGAUGGUAUGAUAGCGGUAGUCCGUCUGGGCCUGGUGCCCGGUGCGGCUUUGAGGCUUUCAUGGCGCCGGCCAGUUCUUCAAUCGUCAGAGGUUGGUCCAGCUCCGCAGCCUGUUCCGGGGUAAGUUUUCUGGCCACAUGAUUUUCUAGGUAUGUCCGGACUCGGUCCUUAUGACGCUGUUCUGCGGGGCCCUCCCGGGCUCGAGCUUGCGCGUAGAGUGCCGCAUAGUACUCUUGGAAGGCUUCGAGGAUGCCUUCUGGUAAGCGCGUGACUUCUCCCUCUCGCGUGUGUAUUUUAUGGAUGUGUUGUGCCCUCCUCUUGUCUUGUAGCAUUUUCGCCAGCAACCUGCCGCUCUUAUUGGAAUGUUCGUAGAAGAAUCUGGCUGAUUUUCUAGCUGUGUGUAGUUGUCCCUGUGAUAGUAUGUCUCUAAGUUCUCUGCGAGUGAUCGUGAGGUGUAGGUAUGUGCCUUCUUCCAGCGUGUGUUUAUGUUCGUAUUCUAGUUCGGCUAUGCGCUUCGUUAGCGUGAUGAGGCGUGCGGAUCGGUCUUUUUUGCGUCUAGUGCUCUCUGCGAUGAGACGGCCCCUGAUGACGCAUUUAUGCGCUUCCCAGAGUACCAGUGGGGAGGUCUCCGAAUUCUCGUUGUCAGCGAAAUAUUGGGUCAGGGCGUCGAUAACCAUAGCCUUAAGUGCGGGGUCAUCCAGCAGGGAUUCGUUGAGUUUCCAUUGUCUUUCUCGAGGUUUAAACAGUGGAGAACUGAUGUGCGCCACCACGGGCCCAUGGUCGGAAUAGUCCAGUAGUUCGAUGUCGGCUUUGUGCAGUAGGUUCAGAUAUUCUUGCGCUAGAAAUACAUAAUCAAUGCGGCUGUAGUGUGAGUGGACCGCUGAAUAGUGGGUGUAGUCACGGUCGUCUGGGUGGCUCACCCUCCAGCUGUCCACCAGCCCCUGCCUGUUCAGUGCCCGCAUUAUUUUGCGUACGCAGUGCGCUGGUACCGCGCUCACACCUCUGGAGGUGUCCAGACGGGGGUCUAGCGGUACGUUCAAAUCUCCCGCCAUCACCAGCAUACCUUCCCUGAAGCUUUCCAGUUUAGCUAGUGUCCUGCUGAUGAAGGUGUGCUGCCGUCUGUUGGGGCUAUAUAUGGUAACGAAGGUAUACGUGUAGUCGGCUAUAGAGCCUUUGAUGAAAAGGUAGCGCCCAUUGGGGUCUGUCAUUGCCGCCUUGAGCUGGAACGGUACUGUAUGUGCAAACAAUAUCGCCACCCCUGCCUUUUUCGCGUUCGGGUGGUUCGCGUAGAACCCUAACGGGAAGCGACGGUUCUCUAAUUUGGGAGCCUCGUUGCCUCUGAAGUGCGUCUCCUGUACGAACGCCACCGACGCCCUCGCUGUCCAGAGCUUGCUGAGUAGGCGUGUGCGUUUCUCCGGCCCAUUGAGACCCUGGACAUUAUUCGACCAGAGCGUUAGUGGGGCCGGCGCGAAACCCUUUGUAGUUGCGGCCGCAGCGAGGGGGCUGCCCCGCCCCGGGGAGGGCAUGGAGGGGAAGGAGAGAGAGAGAGAGAGUGAGAGAGAAAUAUGUUGUCAGUGGUAUGUCCGGUGUGUGUCCGUCCGGUUGUCUGAGGGUUGGGUUCAGGGGAGAGUGUGGUGUGACUUUGUCCCGGUACCGGUUACGGUCGUCACAGGGUCAGAAAUAUGCCUGUAUCCCGCGACCCCGGUAUUAUAUACAGAAGGGUCUGUCACAGUGAGGUUCAGUGUAGCCACCGAGGGAGGUAAGUUAUCGGUUGUACUUGUGUCCAGUCUACGAACUCCCCUUAUGACUCCCAACCUGCGGGUGCUAUAUGCAUUGUGUUAAGUAGCAGGUCUUAGUUGUGGGGGUAUCUUGACGUCCGCCCUAUUGUACCUAUGUGCUGACCCAGUCCAUAUAGGGGUGUGAACAGGAGUUGGUACUUGUUGUGUGUCCGGCUGGACCCGCCCCUCCCCCCUCCUCGGCCCCUCCCAGUGUGUUCCCGCUCCUCGAGUUGGCUGAAGUGUUCGCCUCCGCCCCCUAGUUCCCCUGGCCUUCCUGUACACUACCCUGUGUGCUCCACCGGAGUACCCUCCCAGACAAGGCCUGCUUCUGGGGUGUCGAACUGGGUGUCCUUACCCUAGGGUGGGAUGGGUGACCUCAGGGUGCCCUAGCUCCAUACCCCAGGUCUCUGUCUCCCCGCCCCCUUCUCCCGUCGCCCCCUGGAUCCGCCUUUGCUGCCUUACCUAGUGUGUGUAGCAAUUGUGUGUUUGCUAGUAGCUUGCUAUGCUAUGUGUCUAUGAAACCACGUGUAAACUAAACAUGCUGUCAUUAACUUUGAACUGUUAGGCCUCUGCGGCGGCCCACGCCUUUCCUCUUCGCCUGCCUCCCUCUGUUGAUCGUUCAGCUUGGGUCGCCACUUACACCCCGACCUGCCCCCGCCCCUUCCCUCCCGCAAAGCCCCUCAUGCCUGUAAGAUACCCGUGAAAUUGGGGCAGUGUUCAAGUUCGUAUUCAGCUGCGGCCCUCUUUGCAUCCCGGCCCUCCCGGCGGGCCUGAUCCCAGACCCCUGCAUGCGUGCCCUGUGUCUCGUGCCCCACCCCACCUCAAGGGGACCCCGGGUAAAAAGCCAGUGGACCCCUCUAUCGGUUGGUCUCCCCCUCCCCACUGCGCUUCUCCGUGCAGGCUCCGUCCCUCCCAACCUGUGGGGAUCCCCUGGUGGCUUUUCCCUUAGGCUGAGGGGUGAGAGACUAAAUUAACCGGGCUCCCGAGUCAGUACAUACCCGCCUGGUUACGGCUGGAGACCUUUAGAGGGCGAGGUGAGUGCUGCCGGCUUACAUGUGUGCGCUGGUGCAGCUGGGGUACCAGGGCGGGCAUCUUGUGCGGGGGUGGCUCCUUAGCUGGUACUAUUCUUCGGGGCCCUCGGGGCCUCCUCGUCGCCGUGGAGUCCCUGGGCGCGGGCGGAGGUUGUGCGCUGCGUCUGACGGUCCAGUUGAUCGGGCCGGAGGGUUAUCUAGGAUCCAGUUUGGGACCGGUACUUCAGGUAAGCCGGCCGUCCGGAGGAAGCGGGGAACGUCGUUGGGCCAACGAAUAACAUGCCAAAUGUUCCCGAUUUUGGCCUGGAGGCUAAAAGGGAACCCCCAUUUGUAGAUUAUUCUCCUUUCUUGCAGGAGGCGCGUUACUGGCCUCAGGGCCCGUCGGGCGUCCAGCGUGAUAAUGGAUAGGUCCUGGAAGAGGGAGAUCUCGGCAUCCAUGUAGGUGACAUGUGGCCGUGCCCUGGCGGAUCUCAUAAGGGCCUCCUUCAGUUGGAAUGACACCAGGGAGCAGACUAUGUCUCUGGGUUGACCGUCUCUCCUGGGGGCCCUCAGGGCUCGAUGUGCCCUUUCUAUGCCGAAUUCUUGUGGGGCCAGGUCCCCCAGGAGGUGCGUAAAUAGGCCCGUGAGGAUCUCCUGCAGGUUUUCCCCCUCCGCCUCUGGCAGGCCCCGGAUUCUGAUGUUGUUCCGGCGGCCUCUAUUGUCCAGCUCCUCAAUUUGCCGGCGUAGGUCCAGGAGAAUGUUGCCCUGCCUCGUGGUGGCCAGGUCCGCGGCCUGCUGAUGCUGUGCGGCCUGCAAUUGCGUUUCUUCCAGGGUAUCCACCCUCUGUUCCAAUGCAGCGAGGUCGUUGCGGACUGCUGCCACUUCUUCCCUUAUGAUUGCGCGCAGCUCAGCCACCAUUUCAGUUUUGUCUCUGCGAGUCAGCAUGCUUGCGGAGAUCGCAGCCAGGUCGGCCGAUAUCUGUGAUAGGGUGCCUACUGCGGGCGAGUCCUGUGCCGAUCCCAUCACACUCGAGCCUGGGGAGGAGGGAGUCUGCAUGCUCGGGUCCCCGGAGCCCCGGAGGUCGGGCGGCACUGACAGGAAUUCGUCCAUCGGGCCCGGCGUCUGCCGCGCCGGGGUCGCUCCGGGUGGUCCUGCGGCAGUUAGUCGCUUGUUUUUCCCCAUUUGUGCAGUUUUGUAGAAAAAUAUGGCUUGUGUAUUUGGGCUUAGCAGGUUGGGGCCUAGGAGCUCGAGUUAGGUGCGUCUUACUCCAUUGGUAGUCAGGCCACGCCCCCCUAGUCCUCCUAUUCUGUUAGUCCAUAAAUCAAAGCUGAUGGGGAAUAAAUACAUUUAUAAAAAUGUGUAACAAAUCACAUCAAUGGGUGUAUUCAGUAUGUAAUUUGGGAACCUAAAUUUUUCUGUACUUUUUUACUGUUCUAUUAAGACAUUUUGCCUGCAUACUAAUUCCUGUAGCUAGGGAUGGACAGAAGUAUUUGCGAUGUACUUUUUGUUCAUCAUUUAACCCCUUACAGUCUUUGUUCAUCGUGUAAGAAUGUUCCCCUUGUUCCCCAACUGGUGGAGGGUAGGGGGCAUUCUCCAAUUACUAAUUGGGUUAAAUUCUAUUUUCCCAAUUGAUCUGGUGUCCGUCAGGAUUUUAAAACACUCCUGUGAUACAGAGAUUAUAAUAUCUUUUUUCUCUCUUUCAGGGAUGCCCUUGAAAACCAGAUGAUAAAACUGAAACGUGAUUUUAGCAGAGAUAGCAAUAUCUUAAAUGAAAAGAUAUCGCAGGUAAGAGCACGUAUGUAAACAAAUGGCUAUUCCUGUCAUGGUAGUCACAGGUUAUGAAAUUGAUUACAGAAAUUCUUAAUGACAGUGCGUUGUAACACUUUAAUCAAUGGUUUUUAUACCCUUCGGUUUAGUGUUCAAAGUGUCAGAAAUUGACUUAAUGAAACACAGUCCCAUGCUAUCCGUUAAAGGUCAGUUUUAUGUGUGGCCAGUUCAAUAGACUCACAUUUGAAAGUAUGUUCAGAGUACAGUGAAAUCUCCAAAAAGCUCAAUCAGAGCUGUACAAAGAUCUGACCUAUUGCUGUAUGGAUUUCUGUAAAGGACAACUUUGUAUGUGGCCUGCCGUGCCUUGGGUUCAGCUUUUUCAGUAAAGCCGUCACCAGAGAAACCAAUAAAUGAUCCCUACUGAUUGCUCCAUUAUAAAAUAAAACAUUAAUUCUAAAUUCCCAUUGCAUUUUUCCCUGGAAACAAUGAGUGAAAUAUCCCUCUCCAAUCCAGAGACAGUGGAAUUAUUCCCUGGAUCUCUCUUACAUAAGCAGAUCCUUACUGUUGUAACUGUGUAUGUCUCUGUUUGCUGAAAGGCAUUCUGUGCGUGUAUUCUGACCGUUGAUGUUGCAUUUCUUUCUCUUAGCUGGAUGAAGAAAUGAACACGGCUGAAAUGCUACAUCAAACUCUGACAGAUAAAAACCAGGAGCUUUGGAAAGAAUAUCAAGCCAUAAAGGAAAGUGAAGAGAAGGAGUUGGCAAAGAAAAAGGAUACAGCGAGACAGUACGAUACCAAACUUAUCAGAUUGCUUGUUUUUAUUAAUGUAUACAGAGAGCACAGACUGCACUGUGGAACGUAUUAAAAAUGUCUACUAUGAUCUAUCCUAAACGCCUAAUUGAAUCAGCAAUGCCAUCCCUACCUACAGCUGUGGAAAAUGUAAUUUCAGAUAAUUAACUCAUUCAACCUAAAAAAUUCUUCCUAUUGCAUUCAUGACUGUCAUACAGGGGCAAAUAGAGAAUGAUAAAUUUGAUCUCUUAAUGUCUUGGCUUGUAUAAUCGCCCACCUAUCCCCUUUAUAGAUCGCAGAGGAAUAGAUUCUGUGUGAUCUGUUUACUAAACAGUAAUAUUGUGAGUUGCCCGUGUUGGCUGUGAAUUGACCAUAGUCUACCCAUUUACAAACACACCAUGAAAAUUUUAGGUCGCAAAUCCCCCCUUCCCCACACACACACACAUUUUGUCUAGCAUGUCCUAAAGUUUGCAAUUCUAAAUUUUCGUUUUCUGAGUUAAUGUCUUUAUAAUAGAAAUUUCAGGAGUACUCUUGGAAUAAGUAAUAUUUUUAUGAUUGACUUAAUAUCGGAUCUCUUGACGUUAACCAUUUAUAUAUAGGAGUGCUACCCCCAAAUUAAGAAGUGCAAGAGAACAGCUAUUAUUUUCUCACGGCAAUCAUGUUCGCUUUGUUUUUAGUAACGGCUUGCUGAAUAACAGUGUGUAUCCCAAUCCACUUUCGAUAUAGCCUCCUAUAUUUCAGUAUGAUAACACUUUAAUUAAAGUUGGUUAAUUCCACCGACUUCUAAACAUAGAACCAAAUUAUGCUAAUUAGUAUGAUAAAUUCACCACUCCUCCUUAAUGAGCCCUGUACAGUUACUGGAGCUAAGGUGCUGUUAAUUCUGAACUAAUCCCUCUAAAUAUAUUGCUGUGCAAAUAUACUCCACUGUGCGCAGGUAUCAAGGUUUCUUGAGGUUUCGAACCACAGUUAUGAAAUUGAUAAUUCUAUUGUCCAGAGAUUAAUCCAGAUAUUGUUCAUUAUAUUUUGUUUUGAAUAACUGCAUUGGGGGUUUUGUCCUGCUCCCUUUUUGGACUUAUACUUUAUGCCCCAGAAAUCUGGUUCUAUUGUUUUUUUUGUUUGUUUUUUCUAUACAACAUAUAGGUAUUUUUUUUUUAACCUCUCUGAUUGACAAAAUGUAUAAAUUCAAUGAUUUACUAGUAGCAAAAUAAACUAUUCAAUGUAAUAACAGUAAAAUGUUUUGAAGUCAUAGUUGUUAUAGAAUUGUGAUAUACGAUUUUUAUUUUUUUGAUGUUAUAUUGCUGAAUAUGUUAAGUACUAAUUUGGCAUAUUUCCAUGAUAGCAAAUCACAUGUAGCAAGCUGGCCAUCAGACUUUAAGCAUUAACUGUAAAAUCAAAAUUAUUGAACAGACUUGAAACUUCAAGAAUGGGUGUCAACAAAAAUAUGGAAAUUUAUGGAAAACUGAAAACUGAAUUAAAAGAGAUGGAACUUGAAUCCACUAACCUGGCAGAAGUUAGCAGGUAAUAAUCUAUUUUGAAACAAUAAUAGCGAAUGGACUUAGAAUGCUUGCAGACAAUGAUCAUUCUGCAUCAUUUAUAUAUUUAUUUCAGAAUCAGUACAGAACAGCUGGCUCGCCAGGUAGACGAAUUCAAGGAAACGCUUGAAAUUGAAAAACAAAAAAGGUAAAGACAUUUAAAAUGAAAACUAAAUUGAAACCAGUGUUUAUUAAUGUGAAUGAACUAUGCCUUCCUAUUAAACCUACCCAGACCAUCACUGGCCACUGCAGUUAGCCUUUUUAAACCAGCACUAUUACUUUGUUUCAUUACCUUUUGGAUUGGCUAUGGGUUCCCAGGGUGUUUUAAUAUCUCAAGUGUGUACAUUGAGCAUUGCGCUUCCCUGUACGUAGAUGGACGUUAUCCCUGCAUAGGCGGCUUCUUAUGACCUGGGAGUUUGGCAUAUGCACCAACGAGUGCCAAUUGGCAGAUUCCCCAUCGAUGGGUAACUCAGCUGUUUAUGAUCUGAUCAGUUAUUUGUUGCGGGACAGCAAAUCUAGUUUGUAUAACCUACAAACACAUUACUAGAUUACAGCUUAAUUACCACCCCAGAGACACUCUGUUAAGGUAACUUGGUUUAAAGUAAUCAGUUAAGAGAAUGAUUUAUGACCCUGAAUUUAGAAAUAGAAAACGCAUGAAACCUAAAUCAAGUUUCCGGUUCACUAUUUUAUUACAGAAUGGCAAAUCAGAUAAAAAAAGAUCAAGUUUUAAAGGAACUAGAGCUUAAGAAACUGGCUGAAGAAACCUUUAUCAGUGAAAUGAAGGAAAGGAUUGAAAACGGGCAAAAACUGCAGCUUUCGUUAUUAGAUGAGGUGAGUCUGAGUUUACAUGCUUUAUGCGAUAUACAAAGAAAUGAAUCUCUUUAACAGUGGAGGCAUCAAUCAAUAGGGGAAUAAUGCUAAGCUGCAUUGUACUCAGUAUUUUCCCAUCAACCAAUAUAUAAACACAUUAUUUGUUUCUGUUACAAUAUUUCAGCAUUUUAAUUACAUUUUAGUUGUGUCAUCAGCGCUGGGAUCAGGUAAGUAAAUAAAGGGUUUUUAACUCUUUAUUUACCGGGAAGGGGGAGGCAGAGGGAUCCGUAGUGCCAGGCUACUUGACUGGCUUCUCUUUAGACAGAUGUUCUACAACAUCUGGGAGUCUACCUUACCCCUGGUUUGACGCAUUAUUACGUAUUAAAGCAACAUGGUGGGGGACUCUUCAUUUGUUUGCAACAACCCCCAUGAUAACAUGUCCGCUUGUAGGGUGCAGAAGCAGUUUGGAUGUCUUAUCUUACGUUCUCCCUCCUUGAGAGCUGUAGUUACUAUAUACUCUUGUGCAUGUUGACGAGAACAAUCAUGGUCUAUGGGAGAUAGUCUUGCACUUGCACAGUAAGAUACAUUGCACAGUAAGAUGCAUUGCACGAGAUGGCACCUAAUGUCUGUUGCAAGGGCAGAUUGGAAAUGGUGACCGUAACUCCACCUUUUGCCAAAGAUUGACUGCUACAUAAAAAACAUAGGAGUCCGUAUGUAUCUUUUGAUUGCACGGUAGUUUCAAAGAAAUUCAUUUACUUAAAGAUCCUGUUUAUGAAAAACUCAAAAGUGCCAGAGCCAGUUUAUUAAUAAUUAGAUUUUCAUAAGAACUUGUUGUCCAUAACACUCUGUGUUCAUCAUCAAACCACCACAAGGAGCAAUGGGUCUUCUAUGUGUACAAUGCAGAGCCUCCAGUGGUUUCCAACCCUUUUUUUUUAACUAAGGCACAGUUUUGUUUUUUUGUUACAUUCAGCAGCUUAUAAAUAUCACAUUUACGUGAAGCCCAACUAGAAAUAUGUGCAUACUUCUAGCCAGACUGACUUAUUAUUUUUAAAGGGACACUCCAGACACCUAAAGCACUUUAGCUUGCUGAAAAGCUUUAUGUGUGUAGAGUGUCCUAUUCUUUUUUUUUUUUUUGAAAAAGUGCAGAUUUCAAUAGAAAUUGACACUUUUAUAAAUUAGGCUGGUUACGCCUCCCUGGCUUACAUUCAGUCACUUCAUGGGGAAAUAGCCAAUCAGAAAUAGUUUAUAAGCUGAGUGUUCCUGCCACUUCUGUUGGCUCAGGGGAGCUAAUCAAAGCUGGAAAGAAACCUCAUUGGCUGUUUGUUUGACAGCCGGGGGGGGUGUUUCAUUAAGUAAUGAUACAAGUGCCAAAUUCUUAUUGAAAUCUGCACUUUUAUAAAGUGCUUUUUUUAAUUAGAUGCUCCUUAGCUGAAGUGUUUUACGGGUGAGGAGUGGCAUUUAGUGCUGGCACUUAUUAUAAAACACAUUUUAAACACCGUAUGUUGUUUGUGAACACUGUGAGGUGGCUUUUGGCAGACCAGGGUAACACGGAACCCAGCUUGAAAAUCACUGCUCUAGAGUGCAAGUCUAAAGCAGAACUGUCACUAAUUCUAUAUUGGCACAAGCUAAUAGCUAACCAAAAUGUAGGUGUUGGUUGUGCUAAUUUUAGGUAAAGUUUGGUAUUGUUGGCAAGGUGAUGCCAAUAAUAAAAUACUGCUUUAAUACUUAGAUUUUUUUUUUAAACUGAUAUAUUUUUUAAUAAGACAUAUGUUUUAAUAUUUUGAAAAAAAAAAUACUUUUAAAAGUUUAUCCAAAAAUAUUACACAAUUUGAAAAGCCUAGACCAUAACUUGUGUCUCAAUGCGCAGAAGAUGAUCAGAUCUCAGGACUUCUAUCGUGGAGGUUUUGACAAUAGUAGGUUGCUGAAACUUUGCAGUAAAAAAGGAUACAAUAAAACACGGUUUUCCUUAGUUUUUUUUUCUAUUGAUAAUGCAAGCUAUAUGCCCGGAAAAAUUUCCUUUUGGCUUUUUUUUCUGUGACAUUUAUAGUUUUUUUUUUUAUUCAAAUGUAAUUUUUAAGUACUUGUUGUUAAUCUUGACUUUUGUAUGCACUUCUGACCUAUUGAGCUCCAGUUAGUUAUUUUAAUUGAUUUAUAAUAUGCCGUGGCAUUAAUAAGCCAGAUGCCUAAAAUGUUAAAGCUGUUGUCGUAUUUACUGAUUUUCAGAUCCUGUAAUGACCUAUGUUUCAACUCUUAAGAACCCCCUCAUUUGGCGUCCUUUUAAUCAAGCACUAUAGCCCUAGGCAGCGUUGGCUUCUGCAAAUAACUGGAUUCUUUAUCUAACUUAAAGCAAUUAUAUAUCACAUUGACAAAUGGAGGAGCAUAUACAAGAAUAAUCUGUACACGCUCAGUCUAUAUAAAUCAAAUUACAUGUAAAAAGCAGAUGAAAUAUUACUGUUUUCCAAAUGUAGUCACUAACACAAUGGGAUGGGUAUUUAUAGAUGUAAAACACAACUAGAAUAUUUUAUUUUAUUCUCAAUAUCUAGGGCAACAUCCUGCAAAGGGAAAUAGAGAAUUUUGAUGAACAGAUUUUCAUCUUGAAAGAAGAGGGUGUGAAAAUGAAUGAAGACUUCUCAAAUAUGGAGCAAAGUCUCACUAAAGAGAUAGAAAUGCUUGAGGUAAGAGAUUCGAACAUUUAUCUGAGAAUGUUCUGGAAAGGGGUUCUCUAUAUUAAUAAUUAUAAAAUAUAAUAAGAAAUAAACAAAAUGCUAACACAUCCAAUAAUGGCCUCGAUGUAAUAUCUCUGGAUCAGGCUUUCAAAUAAUGAUUUAAUAUUUUUGGAUAAAGUUUUAAAAUUAUUUCACAUUUUGAAAAUAUUUUAAUAUUUUUAAUGAUAUAUAUUUUUUUAUAUAUAUGAUCUAUUAUAAUAUUUUGAAAAAAAUAAAUAAAUCUUAAAUCAUUUGAAAAUCUUUCCCAAACCUAUUAAAUCAAGGUCAGUAUUUCAAAUGCAAAUAUUUUGUUGGAAACAAUAUAUCUCGGUCACCGUGUAAUAUAUCUUGGUCACCGAAAGGAUAAUGUAAACUGGAAGUAGAAAUACAAAAUUGAUAACCUGUUGAAUUUGUUUAUAUACAGAAUGUGUCAAUGGCCAAGUAAUCACCCCGGUAUGCUAUAUAGAAUACACUAUAGUGUGAGAGGCGAGGGAUACCAAAGUUAAAAAAAAAAUUACUGUAAUCCCAACAUUUCGGCAAAACUGCCUUUGUCAAGGGAGAAUGUGUGAAGGCGUUUUUGCCGAAACGUUGGGAUUGUGGUCAUUUUAAUUUUUGCUUUGGAAUCCUUCUGGUGGGGAGCCCGCUCAGUUUAGCCUUGAUAUUAUACUUUUACCCACAUGUACCACCAAAAGACACAAACAUAAUCUUAUUUCUCUGUAAUUUAAGGAAGAGGUCAGUUCCAUGAAUAGGCUCCUUGGAUCAAAGACUGAAGAACUUUCAGCCAAAAUUGCUGUUCUGGAUGAAGUAGAGGACCGGCAUAACAAACAGCAGCAAAUAUACGAAGACUUGAAAAAGAAAGCUGGAUGUACAUGACUCUUUUAUUGCUUUAUUUAGCAUUUGGAAGCAGAUAUGAAAAUGUAUUAUGGCUUGAUAAGUUACCAAGAUUUAGUCUUUAAACAAAAGGAGAAAAUGGAUCCAUAUUGACAACAAUUUCCUUUUUCUGUCAAUUUCCUACUGCAGGGUCCCUUAUGGGUUAAUUUCACUCCUCAGCAGAUAGGAAAAUAAUAAGGAAAUUGUGGAAUAGGGAGAAAUAGAACAGUAACCUUUGUUAAGAAAUCCUGUAACAAAUGAAAAACCAGUCAGUCCUGUAGAACCAAAUUGUGGGCUGGCGUGAUAAAAUAUACUGAGUCUGGGGUGAAGCUGUGAAAAGAGAAUCAUUUUUUUUAGAAAAAAUAAUAUUCCUACCUUCAGCUGAAGACAGAAUGAAAGGACUGAGGGGCUUACAGGGGGAUGGGGCAUUUAUACUUAUAAUUCAGUAGCAAUUGUUUAAUUCCUGUCCUAUGAGUGGAGUUAACCAUAUUUAUUUUUAGCAUGGUUAUCCAAACAAUAUGUAACGUGUGUCAGUAGUUAUCAUAAAAACAUAUACGUUUCACUUUAUUAUCAUUCAUGUUAUAAAUCAAGACAUUUUAGAAAGUUCUACAGCACAAAAAUAUUUGCUUGUUCGAUGCUUUUAUGAAAUUUUGUCUUUUUCACUUGUAGUGCUUAAAAGCCAAAAGAGGUCAAUAGAAUCUUCCAUCAACACAUUUAGCAAGGACAUAGAAACCAACUUACAGAAAAAGGUAUUUAUUAUUUUAGAAAUUUUUUAAAUGUACUUAAUUAAAGCGGACUUUCCGCUCAAAAUUACAAAUCACGUGCAAAAACAUCAUAUACAGGGAUACAAAGUUUAAUUAGUGGAGUAAUAGCUUCUUGAUCCAAGGAGAAAUCUAACUGCCAUUCUGGGGUCAAGAAAGAAUGUUUUCCAAGUUUGUUGUAAAAUUGGAAGUGGCUCAAACUGGAUUGUUUGCCUCCUUUUGGAUCAACAGCAAAAUCAAAUGUGAGAAAGUCUGAACUUAAUGUCUCUUUCCAGCCUAUGUAACUAUGUAUAUGGGGGUGCAUUUUAAAUAUAUAUUUUUUUUUUACUAUAUAUUUCUAAUAUUGUGAGAUUUGUUUUAGUUUUCAUGACCAGUUAUUUUAUUUGCAAUAAUACAUCCGUGGCCUUGUUACAUUACCUGUAGGCUUCUUUUGUGUUUGCCCCAAACAUCUGCCUCCUUCCUGAUACUAGUGAUCUUGGGUUAUUUCAUCAACACAUCCACGAUCUUGUAUAGGAAGCCUAGAUUGUGCAUGUGUACAUAGACCUAAAGUCUAGUGUUGUAGUUUCCUGCUGUGAAUCGAAUAUUGGCUCCUUUCACUAGAUUACCUAAUACCUCACUUUACCUUGUGUAUUAAUCUAUUGAUCUCCCUUUGUUUGCUGGUAAUUCUGAACAUCAGCUAGUUCAUGGUUAUCAUGCUGUAACUGUGGUUAGUUUCUUGUUAAAUUUCUCACCUCCUGAUUCAAUUUUCUUUGGUAUCUGUUCGUUUAAGCCUACUUCUUUCCCUUGCUGUAUUUUAAUAUCUAUAUUCAGUAGGCAUGUGCAUGGGAAAAAAUUUCGGUUCGGCAUUCGGCACUUCGGAACUUAGGAAUUUCUUAACUUUUCUUGCAGCCGCUUGGUAGAUAACGCCCUAAUUCCCACGGUAUCAGGGAGUUAUCUACCAAAAGGCUGAAAGACCUAAAUCGGUCUUUCAGCCAAAUGUACUAAUACUAAGUAAAGAUUACUUAGUAUAAGUAAAUUAUGCCCCUACUCGCUAUACCGCGAGUAGGGACAUGUCUAGUAAACAAUGAGCAGCCUUUUAAAAAAAAAAAAGGUCCCCCCUCUCGAGCCCCCACCCGUGACGGGCCCUAAAUUAGAAUAAGGGGGGGCCUAAUGCCCUCCCCCCUGGCCCCCACCCCUGAGCGGUGAGUGGGGGCCCUUAAUACUAAUUGGGGGGGGACACCUAAUGUCCUCCCCCUUGGCCCCCACUCCUGAGCGGCAGGUGGCGUCCCUAAAUAAAAAAUUAACCCCCAUCCCCCAGGUGACUAGGGGUCCCCAAACCCCUAGUCACCCCCAUCCCCCAAAAAAUGAACCCCUACCUACCCCCCUCACCCUAAAAAUAAUGUGGGGGGACCAUUUAACUAAGUAUCUGUAAAAAAAUAAAAUUAAAUAAAACUUACCAUUUGAUGUUUUCUUUCUUCUAAAAUCUUUUUUCAGCCCCAAAAAAGGCCAAAUAAAAAGCCAUAAUAACCGACGCACUUAAAAAAAAAAAAACGAUUUUUUUUUUUUUUAAAUCCAUCUUCACCCAUGGGGGGGCUCCGCGCAAACUGAGCUCUGCAGGGCGGGGAAGGCUUAUAAAGCCUUGCCCCGCCCUGCAAUUAGGCUCAGAGCAUUAUGAUUGGUGGGUUUAAGCCAUCCAAUCAGAGUGCUCUGACAGGUAAAUGAAGAGACUGACAGGUAAGUCUCUACAUUUACCUGCCACAGCACUCUGAUUGGUUAGCUUGAAAUCCACCAAUCAGAGUGCUCUGUGUCAUUUUACACAGCGUUGGAAAGUUGUUUGGAAUUUUCCGACACUGUGUAAUUUUACUCAUAACACUCUGAUUGGUUACUUAAUCCACCCCUACAUUCCUGUCAUUCCAUUGACAGGCUAAGUAACUUACAUUUUAUAUGAAUGUAUGUUACUUGAUUGUUGUAAGUGUUGCAAAUGCUUACAGCUGAAUCCUGGCUAUGUUUGUAUACUUUUUAUUUAAACUGGUAUACAGUGUAACAUUCUUCUUCUUCCACUGAGUAAGUAUAUUAGUACUUAGGCAAUACUGUGCUUUGGCACUUCAGAACUUCGAAAAUUCGGUAAUUUUGGAAAUUCGGCAAUUCGGAAGUACCCGAAUGUCCGAAUUGCCCGAAAUUCGUCCGAAUUCAUAUUCGGACCGAAACGAAUUGCACAUGUCUAAUAUUCAGGUUACCUUGUGUAGUAAUUCUGCGGGCACCCACCACAGAUCAGCCUAAAACAAGAAAAUAUAUGGGUGAUAUUCACUAAACAGGUAGCUUGGAUAUUUUUCCACAUUUCAUUGGGGUAAUUCACUAAACUCUAAAUGUCCUCCAAAUGGCAACAUCCUGAGAACUUCUGAAUUUAUAUGAAAUAUGCAAUGUGGAUAUUUAAUAAAGGCAUGUCAGUGGCAGAUUUGGAUAUUCGCUGCCUGCAUACAUUUUGAACAUUUUCUGGUGUGCUUUUUUUUCUUUUCUUGCAAUCACUAAAUAGUCAAAUAACCCAGAAUUGCACAUUUGGGUAUUUGUCUAACUUUUCUGGUCAAUUUAAAAAAACUAAAUUCUGCACAGCUAUAGGGUAAAUUAUAAAGGAUCCAGUUGAUAUGUCCAUCCCCUCACAAUUCACACUGCAAAAUUAUUCUACUUCAUUACAAAUGGUAACAGCAUGUCAGACACUACAGUUUGCUCUUUUGCUAACAUAUUUAUAUACAUAUCAAUAUGUACUACUGAUUUCUUAAUCAUGUCAUCAAUUAUUACAGGAAUCCAAGAAGAAUUCCUUGAAAAAUCUUCGAAAAUCAAUGUUUGAAAUACUACAAAAUGAACUUGAAAAUAUAAGAUUGAUUGAAAAAGACAUCUAUGAAAUAAAUAGAAAAAUGGAGAUUGUGAACAUGGAAAAUUGCAGACUUAAAUUAGUGAGUAAUCUAUGUACAAUGAAUCUGUAAUCUGUGAGUGAAAAUUCAUCUGGUGUGAGCCUUUUUCAGUAUUUGUUUUAUAAUUAUUGUUUUUUUUAAGUUAAUAAUCGAAUUUCAUAUUGUUUCCUAUGGUAUUAUGUAAAGCUUAACUUGGUCCACACUGUAUUAAAUUUAACUUAUAACCAGAGCACACUAAGUGACCGCAACUCAUAUAUAUAAAGCAUGUACACCUGGACAAAAGGUUUCGCUGAUUUUCAGUCACAUACAUAUAUCAGGAUGUAUAAAGACUUAAUAAAGGAAACUUCCAUUGUAUUAUUACUGAAAAUGAAAGCUUGUAUGUAUUAUAGCCUCUGUGCGUAUGAUGUUUUACUGCAUACGUAUAAUGAGAUACCUAUUGGCUUAACCUUUCUUCAUGGAAGUGGCCAUCCUCUAAGGACCACUCUGAGCACCAACUACAUCGCAAUUCUGUUUUCUGCUUCCUUUGUGCAUCACAUGGUCUUCCAGUUAAUUUUGUUUGUUGAGUCUAUUGUAUUUUCACAGAUCCAAAUAGUAGUUUUGUGAUUAUCAUUAUGUUUAAUCUGUUAUACUUACCACCUAUUUAUAUUGCAACUUAAACCCCGUUUGGAAGUCAGAGCAUUCAGCAACAUAGCAUGCCGAUAUCUGUUAUAGAAAUUGUGACUCACAGACAGUUUUCUCUUGUCUAAAUAUUUAUUAAUAGCGCAAUGCACAGUUCAAAGAAGAUAUUGAUAAAUCGGUAAAUGAAGGAAGGAAUCAUGCAUCUGCUAUUACACAAAUGGAGAGCGGGUUGGCUUCCCUACUUCGUGAGUACAAGUUAAAUGGAACCAUUCUUUAUGUCACUAAAUAUAUACUAUGCUUGAACUAUAUUUCACAUAAUGGAUCUUUUAUUCCUUAUAUAGAACACCUCAAAGAAGGAUGGGAAAAGGAUAACUUUGUGUGCAACGUAAGUUUCAUUUUGAGUUUGUUCAGGUUCAGCUUUUCAAAUACAAAUUACUUGCAUUUUGUUAAAGGAACAUUGCAAGCAACGUAAACACUACAGUGCUAGGAAUGCCCACCUUCCCCCCCCACUGUAAGUAGUUAGAGUUUUGUUUUUUUACCAGGAGUCUGCCUGGCUCCACUCCUCAGUUCUUACACUCUGGAAAGCUGCAAGCUCCUGCUAGGAUCUCUCCUGAAAUAAGCCCAGCAGUGACUGGUGUUCUAGGACACUCGUGACAUCAUAAGCACUACAGCACAUGGUAGCGUUUAUGUUGCUUGGAGUGUUCUUUUACAUUAAAAGGCUAAAAAAUGAAUUUCUUGCUACCAUGUUGCAAUACAUGUGUGCUUUCUUGAACUGAUCGCUAGUUCCAGGAAUCUGCUGAGUUCUACAAGCAGGAACAUUGAUGCCUUCCUGUUCUCACCAGAUCCACCCUAAAAUAGUGGUGUCCUUAGUGGACGUCCCAAUCCAAUGGCGGGACUCAAAGCCUUUUAGAACAGUCCUUGUCACUUUUUAAUUAGGGUCAGGAGUCUUACUGGAGUUAGAAGGGGAGGGCUUGCAAAGGCUGCAGAUGAGAGAUCCGGUAACAUAUCUAUUUAAUAAUAAUAAUUAUUAUUAUUAUUAUUAUUUUGCAUUUGAGCAGUGGAGUGUCCCUUUAACAACGCUCUAAUGGUUGAAAUACAGCGAUUAUAAUCUCCUAACUAAGCUACUGCUUAUAUAUUAGGAGAUAUGCUGGAUACCACUGCACAUAUCUGGAUUACUGAAAACGCUUGUUACUCUAUGAAGUGAAAUACAUUUACUACAAUGUUGAUUUAUCUUGAAUACAUUAAGGACUUUUUGGAGCGAGAUCAGUGUAUUUUGGAUGCUAUCGCAGAGCUGAUGAAAAAACUCAACAUUCGCAAAGUGAAGCUUGGACAUCUUAGCGGCAUGCUUCAAAAAGAAUAUAUUGGAAUAGCUUCACUUCUCAAAAGUAAAUCAGGUAUGUGACAUGCUAGAUAGGCUAAAGAAGUCAUUUACUUAAGUGUGAAUUUUGUAUCAGCAAAGUUAUUAGCUAUUUGCACUGAAAGAGUGACAAACUUAAAAUAUUGUACCCUUAGGCAUCCCAUUUUAGCCAUUUGCAAUUGUCCCUGGAACAAAGGCAUCUUGGAGACUUAUUUGUUUUUUGUAGGAGUAACCCUUUAAAAUUACACACAUCACUUUGAGAAAACAGUCUCACUCAAAAGGUUUCUUUAGUUUUGAAUGAGAUUGUUGCCUCACUCUGCAUGAUCAAACAAAAGCAGGUAAAUAUAACUCCCCCAUAUUUACCUGCUUCUUCUUCCUUAUGCUUUCCUCACGUACUCCAGUGGCGGCACUGAUGUAAACAAUCAGUGUUGUGGAUGCCUGACAGAUUAAAACAUGUGCAGUUGGAAGAUAUCUUCACUUUGCAGUAUCCUGACAGGGGGAGAAGAGAGGGAGUCUGAUCAUUGUGAUUUAUACAGAACAAGCUCCGGUGUCAGGUUUUUCAGUCCCUGCAGGGAACAUGAGGAGCUUGUUGCUUUCUUUUACAAUGAUGCCCUGUUUCUGUCACUAGUGGCCUGGUCUGAAACUGAGAUGGGUGGGUAGGACAGGUUGAGAAGAAACUCCCCUAGCUGAGAAGUGUGCCCAACAAUGCAAUCUGGCCAAGUUUAUAAAAAAUGCUUCGAUUGUUUUUUCCUGUGAAGCAUUGUGUGGGAGUUAAAGUAACUGUUUAUUUUUAGGAGGUGUGUAGGGAGACUGUCAGGGAAGGUGUGGCUAGGGCUGCAUAAACCGAAACAAAAGUGGUUUUACCCCUAAAUGAAAGAAAAUUGAGCAGUGACACUGCAGAAGCAGGAUCUAUUCACCAAGACUGCUCCUUUAAAAUAACACUCCAGACACAAAAUACUUCUGCUGCUUAAGUACUUUGUGUGUCUGGAGUCUCAUUUUUUCCACGAAUUUAUGAAAGUGACGAUUCCAGUAGAAUUUGGCACUUUUAUAACGGUUUUCCGAAACACUUCCCCGUCUGUUCAACAAUUUUGUUCUACUAGCUGUACAAAGCUAACGGAAGUGGUUUGCCAUUCCUGCCUUCUCAGUGAGAUGUAUUACAUUGGAAAAGGAGCCAUCACUUGCUUGGAUAAUAGGUCACUUCCCCAGCACAGACUGAACGUUGGUGUAAGUAACCGCUUCUGCAACCUAUUUUGAAAUGUACCCCCUAACCCCCCAAGAAAACAUGCAGACAAAAUACAAACAUAUUGUCUUUAGGGGUAUAUCAACUAAAUAAUGAAAGACAUUUUAAUGGAGUGUUCCUUUAAGCUAAAACUUGUUUCGCUGCAUAGGCUGAUCCAAACAAAAUGCAUCAGUAAAUGUAUCCAUUGUGCAUUUUGUCUGUAACUAAAAUAAUGUUUUACUUUAUUUCAGUAAAAGCCGAAAGCUACAUUGCAUUGAACAGAAACAGAUGAAAGAUUUCUAUAUAUAUUUUGUUUGUUAAUUGCUUUAUUUUUCAUGGAAACAGC